AUGCAGUUCCGAAUCGCAAGCUACGAUGAUCUGGGCGGGAAAUCCUCGCACUGCGGCGUCCUGGAGUUCUCGGCGGAAGAAGGGUUCGUGUACAUGCCGCAAUGCGUGAUGAACAACCUCGGAUUAAACGAACUCGACCUCGUCACCGUCGCCAACGUUGUCCUGCCCAAGGAGGACUACUUGAAGCUGCGGCCCCACACUACGGAGUUUCUUAACAAAGUCAAGAACCCUAAGGAAGUGCUGGAGGCCACGUUUAGGGAACACUCGUGUUUGACUGCCGGAGACACCGUCGUUGUCUGCUACGACGGGGAGAGGUUUAAGGUUGACGUGGUGGAGACUCGACCGUCCGAUGCUGUGAGCGUGAUCGACACCGACUGCAACGUAACGUUGACUUUGACAAACCCUUGGACUACAAGGAACCCGAAAAGUCACAACAAAUUGAUGAUAAAGACGAAGGAGAAGAAAUUGUGUGUUUCAAGCCCUUCACUGGCAUUGGGAGAACACUGGAUGGCAAAGUCUUGGAAACAGAGAAAGCAGAAAGUAGCAGUCAGGGAUCAUUAUCAAAGAAUGGCGAUAAGGAUAGGAAAGAAGAGGCUAAGAAAGAAGAUGACAAGUUUCAAUCAUUUACAGGCAAGAAAUACACUCUGGGCAGCUCUUGAAAUCACACAAGAUUAG